UAGGAAACCUUUCUGUGGGAUGUCCUCCUCAAAUGGGAAAGGAGAAAAAGUGUCCAAAUUUGAGACUUUAAAACUUUUGGAGAAAUGCAGCAAGGAAAGAGACGACGCCAUGCACAGGGAGAGCACUCUCAGGGAGAAGCUGCGACAGUACGAGUCAAGGAUGCGCUCUACCGAGGCUGUGAAGCAGAAACUGAAGACCUUGACCGUGGACAACAAGGAGCUGAGGAAACAAGUGAAGGCUCUUCGCACUGAAAUUGGACUUGAGUGCAGCCCCAAGUUCAAUGGCAAGACCACGAAGGACAUAAUCAAUGACCUGCACGAGAAGGAGCACGACUGCAGCUCCUUGGUGGAGAAGGCCGGGAAGCUGAGCCUGACCAUCGACGAUUUGACAUCAGAGUUGGCGAAUACGGUCACUUCUAAAACUCUGUUGGAAGACCAGGUCCAGUCGCUGCAGCAGAACCUCAAGGACAUGACCAACAAUCAGCGGCGUCUGCUGAAGCUGUGGGAAGACAAGAAGGCGCAGAGGGAGCAGCUGGCCCUGCCGGCGAUCGCACAAAGGCCCGUGCAGAAACCAUUUGUCCACAAAGCAAUGCAAACCGACAUGUCCAUCAGCUCAUCCCAAAAGCUCCCGGUCAACGCCUUCGAGACCAAGCCGUUCACCCGGGACAACGACAAAAAGACUCUUUACGAUAAACACACUUUCCCAACUUAUGCGAGCGGCUAUCAUCAUGACAAGAAAUCUUUCGUGUACGAUGACACGAAAGGGAUUCAGAACUGAAAGAGACAUAACCACUAACACUCUGCUUUUUAGAAAUUGAAGCAAAUAGCUUAAUUCAUAAUUAUCUGGACUAAUGUUUAAGACGGGAAAACAAAGAUAUAACUUUAACAAUUAAAACAUGGUUGACGGCUCCUGGUGCAGUGUGUAAAUUGAUCUUGUGACAGUGUUAUACCAGUAUUUAUCGCUCAAAUGUUUAAAGUUGACCUUAUGACCUUACUCUUUUCCGUUUACAUGGGCCAAACAGUUUGAAUCUACUAUAUUAUCAUUAUU